CCCAUCUGUAAGUCGUAGCACAGAAUAUCCUAGUUGGUCGUAGAUUGAUGUUAAUCAUAAAUAAAUGUUUCGUUACCUGCGGUUAAAUAUAAUGAACAUUUGGUUUCAAUAAAAAUGUCUGCGGAUGAUUACAAAUGGCAUUUUGACUAUGUAAGAUUAGCUUGGGAUGCUGGAUUUUCAUUUGAAAAAUACAAAUAUUCAAAUUUAGAUAAAAAUAAAAUAUGUUUGGUCGAUAUAGAUCGCAUAAUAAAAGAGAGAGAUGUAGCCUCAGUAGAAAGAUUUCUAUCCACAGUUGUUCAGUAUGUCUUAGAAAACGACCAGGCGGAGUUAUUAGAUACCAACUUUGUUAAAAUGUUUAGAAUAAGUCAGUUGUCAGUAGAAUAUUUAUUAUUUUGUAAAAAGUAUUUGGAUAAUACUGUAGUAUUGCUUAAAAAGGAAAUAUCUAAAUUAAAAGAGGAAAAUAAAGAAUUAAAGUUGUUUGUGGAGGAACUAGAAACUCACAUAUCUGCACUGACCAAACAUAGUUGUGUUGCCACAUUUAAAUGUGACAAAUGUCCUAAGGCUUUUUCUAGUGAAGAGUAUUUAAAUUCGCAUAUAAAAAGGAGACAUAACGAUGAAAAUAGAACUUCUACAAAUGCAGAAACCGAUCAGUUGCAGUCAGAAAUAAAGCAGUUAAAAGAAAGGUUAAACAUUACAGAGAAGUUAUUACAAGAGAAGGAUGAACAAACACAAAAUGUCAAGUUAAAAGAGAAUGAAAAUGAAAAUAAACUAAAAGUUAUCGAAAUAUUGGAAAAAUUUGAGAAGUUUAAAGAUAAGGUAGAAUAUGAUAUAAAGAUGUUGCAAAUAGAAAAGAAUUUUUAUGAGGAAAAGUACAGCAAAUUGUUUGAUGUGGUUUUAGAAUCGAAUAAAAAAGAAAACGUAAACACCGAAUCUUCACAGCAACCACGGUCAGUAAGCAAAGAUCAGAUACAACAACAAGAAAAAAGUUUUCUAGAACAUAUUGUUGACAAAAUCGAAACUACUACACAGACCGAAAAGGAAAAUAUCCCAACAAAAAACUUACAAAUUGAAACAGUGCACAAUAAAAAUAUUUUUGAAUUUAAAGACAUGGAUAAAGAUUCUGAUAGCACGCUUGAAAAAAACAAUAUACAAGACACCAUAGAACAGAAAAUAACUCAAUUUGAAGAGCAACUAGAGUCAAAGAUCUCGUCAGGUCUGAAUAAUAUAGAAAAACAGAUGCAAGCAUUUUGGGGCAAAUUGUCGGAGAUUGAAUUACAAAGGGAAGUCAAGGUUGAAGAAGAAGUUCAAAUUACACCACCGCAGGAACUCAUUCGAACAGAAACAUCAAAACCGAAAAUUAAACCCAGAAUGAAAUUUAGUAAGCCAUCAAAAUUAGUAGGUAGAAACGAAGACAAUGCUAAAAAAAUAAAGGCAGAAAUCGAAAGAAUGUAUGUUAAGCCAGAAACUACGGCAGUAUCGGUAAAAAAUAUAUCAGAAAGCAACUUGAAAAAAAUAUCAAAUGUAUUAUACAACAGUUCACCUUCGCCUGAAUUGCAGAAGAGAAGCAGCUCUGACAGUACAAGUGAUUCCGAGAGUAGUAGUGUUGAAGUUGAACCAAAGAAAGUACAUGAUGCUAAACCAUCUGUCUCAACAUUAGGAAAACGAUCUCUUACUAGUUUAAAAAAAGCAGCUCAAAGCAAAGAGGUAACCGAGAAGUUACGUGAAGAAAUAAAUAAUAUUAUAAACAACAGACUUCAAGAUAUCGGUAUUUCCCCUAAUUGGAAUGGCAUACCUCAGAAAACAUUCGAAAAAGCUAUGGAAAUUGUCCGACAUCAAGCAAAUAUAACAAAAAAGUCAUAUCCCGAAUUUGAUUCUAUCAAAAAAUCUAUUGAAAAGUCUUUGAAAGAUAAUAAGGAUAUAGCUCAAAAAACGAGAAAUCGUGUUACUCCGACUAACAAGCAAGCAAACGUAAUAAAUAUCAGAUAUAGAAAAAAGCCAAAGGAAUUAAAAUCCGAAGCCGAGAGCAAAUCUUUAGUAACUAUCAAGAAUAGAUCCCUCUACGACACGGACAGUGACAGCGAAGACCUACGACGUCCUACCACUCAAGUUAAAUCACCUAAAAAGCUGUGGGAAGCCGCUCCUUCGUAUUCCGCAGUGAUUCAGGAGCUUAAGGCAUCUCAAACCAAAAACGUAGACACUGACUCCGACGUUAACUCAAUUAUACUUCCAAAGGAAGAUGUAGCAAACGACAUGCAUACUAAAAGCGCCUUAAAAAAUUACCCCUCUAUGGGAUCUUUAACGAAAAAGAAAGUAUUGUUCGAUAUCGAGAGCGAUAAGAUUGAAGUAGAUAAAGAAGCAAGGGGUAGUUUAACGAGCAUCGAUAGUUCCGACGUUCUCAAAGAGGGUGAUAACGAGAAGAAAAUGAAGAAAAACGAGAGCAGUUUGUCGGAUUUCGAUUUUAGUGAAUUAUAAGGAAAAUAGGAAAUAUUUAUUUUUAUUUACAAUUACUGUAAC